UUUCAAUCAUCGAAGGCUUUGUUUCCGCUUCGCAUUGUUGUCCUAGAAAUUUAACAGUCUGUCAACAAAAUUACCUGCUACACAUUCAUUUAGACACAAUUGGCUCAGAGAUACUAUUUUUCAGAUGUGAUGUCUACAGAUGUUAAAUGGUAAAUCAUUUCUGCUAUUGUGGAAAUGUUCUUCACAAAUUGCGAGUGUUGGGAGUCUACCUUGGUGCAAAUAAGUGACGUGCAUGUGCUCGUUCGGCUGUGCGAUGACUCUGGGUGUUUCGUGACAUUUAAUUGAAGGAGACUACAAUUAAAUUUAAUACGAAGUACUACUAUGUAGAAAACAUAAAUCUUGUUGUUCGGUGACAGUUACUCGUUUUCCACGCCUUUCCACGAAGAAAGUGUCCACUGCCGACAGUAUUAAUGGAAAUGAACAUUUUGGAAAAUGUCAAAAGGAAAACUACGAACUAUCACCGACGUCUGUGCAGACUGCGGUUCACAAGACCCUGCUUGGGCAUCGGUGAAUAGAUGUGUUGUCCUCUGCGAUGACUGUUGCUCUGUACAUCGGAGUCUGGGGCGACAUGUAUCACAAAUAAAGUCCCUUCGGCGCAGUGUGUGGAGUGCUUCACAGCUUCUGUUAUUGCAGUCACUGAACAGCCACGCUGUUAACAGUGUAUGGGAGCAUGCAUUGCUGGAACCUGGGCGACUGGCUAGUCACCGCAAACCGCAUCCAAGAGACCCAUUGCAUCCAAAGAAAACUGACUUCAUCCGAGCAAAAUAUCUGCAUCUUGCAUUCGUAUUUAGACCAGGGAAAGAUGAACCUCCCCUUCAGGAAGAUGAUUUAAGCCAGCAGCUGCAUUCCAGCGUGCGGACUGCCAAUUUGGAGACUAGCCUUCGCCUUUUAUCACAGGGGGCAGAUCCUUGUUACUUCCAUCAGGAGAAGGGUACAACUCCUCUUCAUGUAGCUGCAAAAGAGGGACAGACCUGCCAGGGAGAGCUGCUUAUUGCGUGGGGAGCUGAUCCUAUGGCUCCAGAUGCACAUGAACAGACACCAGUUGACUAUGCAAGGGCAGCAGGUCACAGAGAUCUGGCAGAGAGGCUAGUGGAGUGCGCAUAUGAACUGACAGACCGUUUGGCUUACUACUUGUGCUCUCGUCGACCUGACCAUGUGGCUGGUCAGCACUACAUCAUACCUGAGAUGGCGGAUCCACUUGAGCUCUCAGAACUGUCAAAAGUUGCCCGCAAAAAGCUGCAGCAGCUGCCAAACCAUGUAUUUGAAGAGUUAGCAAUGGAUGUGUAUGAUGAAGUUGAUAGAAGAGAAAUAGAUAUGAUUUGGCUAUCAUCUCAUCGAGGCAGUAAUGCGACAGUGCCUGCUGAUUGGUGUUCUGUGGUUCCUUUCCUCCCAGUGAAUCCAGAAUACUCAGCAACACGUAAUCAGGGUCGUCAGAAGUUAGCCCGAUUUAGUGCCCGUGAAUUUGCUACGCUUAUAAUAGAUAUAUUAGCCGAUGCACGUCGACGGCAGAAUAGCACUGCCACAACGUCUUCACUUGUGAUUUCACAAGAAGCUGUAGGGGGUAACAAAUAUCAGCACCGGCAGCAUCCCAUGGAAGCAUCAAAAUCAUCAGUAAUGUCAUCAUCCAGGCAUCCAAUUCUGUCUGCUAUUGCAGGAACAAAACAUCGCUCUGAGGUGUCUGAUGAUGAACCAUUAUAUGAUAGUGUUGCAUCAGAUGAAGACUAUGUAGGAACAGAUCAACUGAAAUUGCUCCCUCAGCAAGCACAGUCCGUGAAUGAAUCACAGAAACCACAGGAGAAGAGGCAAGAAGAGAAAAGCAGUUCUGACAAUGUUGAUUCACCUGUGUCAGAAAUUUCUAAGGACCAAUCUCCUUCAACGUCAGAGGAGAACAGUACUGCAUCUACAAUAGAGCAUUCACUUCGUUUGCAGCUUGCUACUUCAGAAGCAAGAAUGGAUGAACUCAGAUUGCAACUGAACAUUCUACAAUCCACGGUCAGCAGCUUACUUGCUGAAAAUCAGGAACUUCGGCAGUUGCUGCAGUCAGCAGGUCUCAAUAUUCCCACAGUCGCCUCUCCUCAGCCUAAUGGUUAUGAACCUGUUCAAGAUAUGAGGGGUCGCUCUACCAUUCAGCGACCUGCAUCCAUGUAUGAAACACGGGAGGGGAUCAGGAGUGCUGUUUCUAUCAUAAACAAGAAGGAUUCAUCGGGGGACUAUGACUGCCCUUCAGGACCUGUUCGGCCUGCUGUCACCCAAAGUCUCUAUAGCAGUAGCACUGUUGGAGGUGUUAUGCCUGUUAGUGAGGAAGUUAUUAGGCGAACUGACCAAGUAACGAAACGAAUACAGGAGUUGGUUGUGUCAAUGCAAGGAUCUGCUGGUUGUGAUGCUUUUGUGCCUUGUGCUGAAAGAAUAAGAGUUGCUGUUGCAGAACUUACCGCUAUAUUUCCACAGAAUCCUCUUGAUGAGCAUAUCCGUAUACCACUUCGUCAGCUGAAUGGCAACACAGCUCGCCUACAGACAAUUUGUGCUAACCUGCAGAGAUGCACUGGAGAGACAGAUCGAUCAUAUUAUCUUCAACAAGUACGUUCCUGUGCAUAUGACAUAGCAAAAGCAACAAAGCAGUUAGUGACAUACACUCCACAGUGAUUAGUCUGUUGAUAAGUGAUAAGGUGAUAUAUUUCUGCAUUUUAUUUUUGUUUCUAUGAAAAUACAAGGUACACUUUAAAUUUGUAGCUCUGUAAGAAGCAGGUGAAAUAUUCGAGCAGUGAAAAAUCAGUGGAAGAAAAAAAAAAAACAACUAUACAGAUGGCACAUACUGAUGACUCCUGAUAGGGAUGGCACAUAUUGAUGACUGCUGAGAGGGAUAAGUCAUGUUGAAAACGAAAAUAUCAUUAUUUCAGUUUUUAAUGAACUCCACAAUAAUUUCUGCAUGCAGAUAGAAAGUACAGCCUCAUGGCUAGAUGAGUUUUGUUUCUAUGCUUCAGAACCUCCAGUAUAUGAACAAAUACUAAUAUGUAUAUAGAUACUAUCUGAGCAGUGUAGAAUUCCUGCUUUACUGAGUUUGUCUGACUUUGGUUAUGUUAAUCUAUCACAUGCUGUUGUGUCUGUUUAGUUGAAAAACUUACGGACCAUUGGCUUUUUGCCAGUCAGCUUAUUAAUCAGUGAUUGUUUACAAUUCCAAUAAGUGAAUGUUCUGAAAGUUGAAGGCAUAGUGAGGCACGGAAUGAACAUAGAAUCAACAAGCUAUCUUAUUGAAUUAUUUGUUGGAUUAACAAGAUAAAAAUUGAGAAUUAUAAAAAUUUAUUUUUGUUUGGUUCUCAAAAUCUUCCAGAAGCACAAAGUAUGAGCAGUUUGGUGCACAGUUGUCAUUGUUACUCAGUCCAUAGAGCUUGUCAUUAGUGUCUGAAUUAUAUAGUCUUCCUCAGUUUUUAUUUAGUAUGAGACAAAAAGUUUCAACGGUAUUGUUGUAAUAGGUGACUAUAUGAAUGUCUACUGUGUUGGUGCUUCCCUAGUGGUUUAUGUGUAAAUUUAAAGUGCUGGAAAAUUGCUAUUUUGUAAAUGUCAUGAUCCUAAUCCAAAUUUUAGUAAUCAGUCUGACCACAUAAGGUAUGUGCAUUAAUGAAAGUACGUGAGUGCAUGUGCAAACAGUUAAUGAGUAUAUUUUUAUUGUGUGACAUAUUUGAAGACUAUUUUCAUUGGACAAACUGCAGAAGUUGCAGCUUGUGAAAUUUGUGUGUCCUAUUUCUGUAGUUGAACAGAGCAACAGAAUAGAUUAAGUUGAGUUGUCAAAUUGUUAUGAUAUCACUUCUGUUUUCAUGUGGCCUUUAACACUGAAUUACGAACGUGGUUGGAAUGGGGGAGGGGGGCCGCUUUGUUAAAUGAUGGAGCAGCAAAUUAAUUUUCUAGGUACUUCAUGAUACGUAAUAAGCAAUUGAAUUACAAUGUAAUUUAGAUUCUAAACAAAAUUUGGAAAUCCCACCCUUAACUCUUCAUGGCUGUUAGUGGUAAACGAAUUACGUAAGUGGCAAAUAAAUUACGGAGUAAUUUCAAAAGUGUUGCCCUGAUCAUGAGUUCUUAUAUCCAUAAAACUGACAUCGGAACAUGUCUUACAAAGUGUGGAGGUAACUGCAAAAGGGAUUUGAUGGAUUAGUUAGAGAAUAACAUCCUUCAGCUGGCUUCCACUUGGAAACUGACACUGCGUGAUAUGUGUAAGUUGCUACUUGAUAACCUGUAAAAAGUACCAAAAGAUAAUUUUAACAUAAUGGAUGAAUGAAAGUGGCUGGAAGUGUGUGUUUUACCCUUUGUUGUGCAUAGAUCACAAUUAACUAGUGGAAAUAUUGUGGCAGAAUCUACCCAUGUCAAAUAAUCCCUAAGAGUAAAAGUGAACUGAUAGUUGUAAUCCGUAACUGAACCUGUUUGGUUUGGUAACCCAUAACGGCAGCUACUAAUUAUUUUUUAACUGUUGAUCCAGUUACUAAAAAUGAACACUCUCAUAAUGAUACAUUAAUGUGGCUGCUACCAGAAUCAAUGUAUCAGCAAUGAAUAUUUUUAAGUUGUAGAGUGUAAUGUUUUCUUAGAGAAAUUUGAAAGCAAUAAGCGAUUUCAGAAAAUCGGUACUAUUUAGCUAUUUAGCCACUGGAUGAAAGCUGUUCUGAAUAACUAAUCUGCUAGAAAGUUCUGCUAAUUCACUGGUCAAGAACAGAAUUCAAAUAAAAACAUAGAAUUUAAACUCUAGAUACUGUGCAUUGUGUGAUAGUGAGUGUCAGUUGCAAUAGUGGCUAGGGAAGACAUACUGUUAAUGUUAAAUGAUAAUAAGAGCAUAAAUGCAGUAAGGAGGAAAUGACAUUCAGCGAAGAAAGAGUUUUUAAUGCAACAAGGGAGGUGGCAGUCUAAAAGAAGUUGCAAAUUAAGCAAAAAAAAAAAAAAAAAAAAAAAAAAAAAAAAAAAAAAAAAAAAAAAAAAAAAAGAUGAUGAAAUAGACAAAUUGAACUGUAUAGUAAGAAUUUGAAGAAGAAACAUAAGGAGUAAUUGCAUUUGAAAAAAAUAAGGAAUACAUUAAAUAAAGCUAAAAAAAGUGAUUUGCAUAACAAAGAAAAGUUAGCAGUUGCCCAGUUGAUUGCUAACAAGAAGUCUAAUGCUGAGUCUACAGAGAAAGAACAUUAUUUGUUGGCUAUUUAAAAAGUUGUGCAGAACUGUUCCAUUGUUACCACUUGCUAAGUGUCCCAAGAGUACAGAAAUUCUUAUCCUCACAUCUAUACCAUACCAUCGCAAUUGCUAUUCCCCAAAUUCUCUUCCUUCUUGGCUCUAUCAUCUUUAAAAUGUCUGCCAUAUUCCCAUACACAAACUCCGUCAUUCAGUUCUCCCAGCUGUCAGUUCUCUCAACUCAUCAGAAUGAUCCACUUCCCAUAUUCCUUUGAUGCCAUUUACAUACUAGUUAAAAGUUACACUUUUCUUAACUCACAGUGUUUUCCAUUAAUCCUCAUUUGAUUCUUCCCAGGAACUCAGGUUGUUCUGUUGUUGCCAAGUUAUUUUCAAGGCCUAUGACCGACAAAUUUUAAUUAAUUUUUAUUCUGAAGUUUGUUCAUUGUUCAAUUAGUGCAUGUCAUCUCCUAAUAAUCUUGUCAUUUAUAAUUUAUCUACUUCACUUCGACUUUUAUUUCAUUUCCCAAGAGAAUAUGCUAUAGUUUCAAUAAAAAUUAGGAAUAAAUUUUAGUGCAUCUUCAUUGUUGUUUGUUCAUACUCAUAAUUUCAUGUUAUUGGUAUUUUUAUUACAUGGAAAAAAAAUAUGUUGCAGAACUGAUUAAUGUGCUGCUAUCACUACACACUAUCAUAAAGAUUGUUUUAUAUAUGGAGAUAUUAAAUUCCAGUAGUAAUGUGUUGGUUUUGAGAUUUUGAUAUCAGCUGUUAACAGUAUGAAAAAAUUUACUAAACUACAUUGGACAUUAAUUGUUACAAGGUACAUAUAGUCUACAUAUGCAUAGCACAUUUUUGUGGUUGUACAUGUGGUUCACCUGUUGUUGUUGUCGUCGUUGUGUGGAUAUCUUUGUUACAGUUCUUUUUACUAUGAUCACACAGACAGAGUUUUUUACUUAUAGCGUCUAUUUUUGAUGAUCUCACUGGGUAUUUAGAAUCUAAAUAUACAACAGGUGUGUUCAGGGACACUCCAGUCUUUGUAGGCAUACUAAAUAUUGUGAGAGUCCCAGAUUUCAUCAUUCAAUUUCUUCGUAAUAAAGGUGGUGCUCAUCUGGUCCUGUGAUAGAUUGUUAAAUUUUCUAUUCAUGUUAUAAAUGUGCAAAAUAAUCAUACAAGUGGUAUACAUAAGUAAUGAUUAUUCAGAGUGAGCUGGAAUAGGCAGCUGAAUGUUUACGAUCUUCCAAAAAAAUUAUUCUUUCUGGCAAGAACAUUACAAGAAUCAGUUUGAAUUGAGUUCGAAGUGUGUGUGUGUGCUAUUGCUUUGUGAUAAAUGAAAAUACAGUGUAAUCUUUACUUGUAAAUUCUUCUUGUACAAAUUGCAGAGACUGUUCUUUCUUUUCAAAAAAAAAUUAAAAAAUAUAAAUGCUGGAAAACGCAUAUUUGGAAAACACUUGAUGUUGUGCCUUGGAUAUGUGUUUUGAAUUUUAUAUGUGACUAAGAUCAGCGGAAAAAAGUUUUAGGGGAUAUCAAGUUACAGGCAGUACAGAACAAUUGAAAUAACAAUGUGACUGAUAAAUGGAAAACAGUAUUCACAGAUGGUGCACAGUGUAUUAUAAUUUCAUUUUUCUCAAGUUUAAAUUUAUUCUCACAUGAAGGCAAGACAGCAGUCAGGUGCAGUGAUAAAUUCCAGAUAACACACUCCUCUAAGUUCUCCUAACAGUCAGUCACACAGUUAUGUCAAUAAUUCUGUAGAUUAAUUAUUAUUAAUUUGUAACAGCAUACCCUGUGUUAAAUGAUUUGGCAAUGUAGAUCGUUUAAGUAACAAAACUUAGAGCUUUUUAGGCAAUGUAUAUUUACCAGUAUAUUUGUCUAAGUGUGUGUCAACAGAUUAGAUACAAAAUUUGUUUACUGUUAAGACUGAGAGUUAGUUGUUGCAAUAUAUUUUUGAUGCUACAAAUUUUUACUAGAAUUUUCAUCUUCUUGUACAAUGAAAAAUAUUCAUUAUUUGUUGGCAUAUCAUGAGUUAUAUAUAUAAUGUAUUAAACAGGAAUGUAAUUGUUA